UCCUUAAACCAAUUAAGGAAGCUAUUAUAUCUCUUGAACCUAAAACAACAAAUUUAGCAGAUUGUUAUCUAGGGUAUGUUAAAUUAGCUGCUGCAAUUAAAUCAAUUCCUCAAGACCAACAUUUAAUGUUUCAUCAUGCAUGUGUUACAAUAUUCAAUAAUCAAUUUAAAGUUUUUGAUUAUGAUGAAUAUCUCUUAGCAUAUUAUUUGCAUCCACAGUACCGAGGUGCUGGAAUUAAAUCAUCUCAAUUUGCUCAAAUAGCUAGUAUUGCAGGUUGUUUAUGGAUAAAAAUGGGAAGUAAAAAUAGAACCAAACUUGAUUUACUUAAAGCACAAUUGUGUCAAUAUGCUUGUAAUGAAACACCACCAUACAAUGAAACUUGUGUUACAAAUAUUGAUACUCCUUUAUGUUGGUGGAAAACUUGUGGGGAUGGAACUAAACAUAAUCCAGAAUCCAUGGUAAAAAUAAAUAGUUUUUUGACUUCAAAUGCAAAACAAGAAUUGCAAUAUUAUGGUGUAGAUUUGACAGAAGAAGAAUUGUUGGGUGUUUUUCAAGAAGCUGCUUUGGUAGCUGAAACUAAUGAUGAUUUAGAAGAAUUUGGUUCAAAUAGUGAAGAAAAUGAUGAAAAUGAUGAUAAUGACACAGAUAGCAAUAAUGAAGAUAAUGAAUUUGAUGAAGAUGAAUUUGUAGCA